AUGCUCCUAACCAACUCGGUGUUUACUGAUGAUAUUCUUAUGUUCUCUAGAGAAGACUUGGGCUCAGUUGACCUUAUGAUGCAAGCUUUCAACAAAUUCGCUAAUUCUACUGGUGUAUGUAUAAAUCCUAAUAAAAGUAGAAUUUAUUUUGGAGCAGUGGAUAAAGAUACUAAAGAGAGCAUUUGUACUUUAACUACCUAUAUUGAAGGCAAAUUCAAGAUGAAAGAUGUGUAUAACCUGCUAAUCAAAGACACUGCUACUGUCUGGCAUAAUAUUAUGUUCAACAAUCCUGCUAGACCUCGAGCUACAAUGAUUAUGCGGAUGGCUUGUCACAGGAAACUUGCCACCAAAGAAAGAUUGUAUAGGAUAUUUGGGUUGAAGUGCUUAAAUGGAUCCAAGUUAGCCAUAGUCGAAAGCACUGGAAAGAAGAACUUAAGUGGAUUCUAA